UUCCACUUUUCCCACAGUCCGCGACAGCGCGCCGCGGCGGUUGUAUCUUCUGUGCUAGAACGCUGUAAAAGUGAGAAAAAUCGUGAACGCGUAAAAAAAAACGCUAUAACUGAAUUAAUAACUUGUUGUAAUUCUACAAUUGUGUGUGUUGUGUUGUGGUUGGAACGAGUACGUCAUCUUGCUACGGGUGCGCCCAAGAAUGCCCUGCUGAAGUAGGAGUGAGGGCGCGCACACACUCGGCUCACCAUGACGAAGAAGUUCGAGUUUAACUGGCAGAUCCCGGUCCCGGAACCUUUGCUGCAGGGCGCUGUCUUCGACAGAUGGACUGAAGAGAAGGACAACACCGAGUUUGAACAGAACUGCACCUUCAAGGUCGACGAGUAUGGCUUCUUUAUAUACUGGAAGAGCGAGGGACGGGACGGUGACGUCAUCGAGCUGUGUCAAGUCAGCGACGUCAGAUCCGGGGGGGUGCCUAAGGACUCGAAGCUGAACUUCAACCUGACCAACAAGCACGGGGAGAGCCUUGAGGACAAGUCCCUGACCAUCUGCAGCGGUACUGACUACAUCAACAUCAACUAUCAGCACGUCGUGUGUCCUGAUGCCGCCACUGCUAAGGUGUGGAAGGAGGGGCUGAGGGCGAUCACUCACAACAACAAAAUAAACAAUGUGUGCCCCAGAACCAACCUUAUGAAACAUUGGAUGCGUCUCUGCUUCCUUACGGAUCCUCGAGGGAAAGUGCCAGUGAAGGUGGUGGCCAGGACCUUCGCGUCAGGCAAGACUGAGAAGCUGGUGUACCAGUGCCUCUCAGAGCUGGGGCUGCCGUCAGGCAAGAACGAUGUGAUGGAAAAGGAAGCCUUUACAUUCGAUAAAUUCUACGCGUUGUACCACAAGAUCUGCCCGAGGAAUGAUAUAGAGGAGUUGUUUAGGUCUAUCACGCAAGGCAAAUCGGACCGCAUCAACCUGGAGCAGUUCGUGAACUUCUUAAACGAGAAACAGCGGGACCCGCGGCUCAACGAGAUCCUGUACCCACUCUACGAGGAGAAGAGAGCCGCCGAGAUCAUCAACACUUAUGAACAGAACGAGGAAGCUAGGAAUGCCAAAUGUCUAACAAAAGACGGCCUGAUCCGUUACCUGAUGUCUGACGAGAACGCGCCGGUGUUCCUCGACCGGCUGGACAACUACAUGGAUAUGGAUCAGCCCCUCGCCCACUACUACAUCAACUCCUCACACAACACUUACCUCAGUGGGAGACAGUUUGGUGGCAAGAGCUCAGUCGAGAUGUACCGGCAGGUGCUGCUGGCUGGAUGCAGGUGCGUAGAACUGGAUUGCUGGGACGGCAAGGGUGAAGAUGAAGAACCAAUCAUCACUCACGGGAUGGCGAUGUGUACCGACAUUCUGUUCAAGGACGUGAUCUACGCGCUCAGAGACACUGCGUUUGUGACGUCAGACUAUCCUGUGAUCCUCUCGUUUGAGAACCACUGCUGCAAGGCCCAGCAGUACAAACUGGCGAAGUACUGUGAUGAGAUCCUGGGAGAUUUGCUGUUGAAGGAGCCGUUGCCUGAUUCCCCGCUGGAACCAGGCGUUCCCCUUCCACCACCAUCAGCUCUCAAGCGCAAGAUCCUGAUCAAGAACAAGCGGCUCAAGCCAGAAGUGGAAAAGCAGGAACUAGAGCUGUUCAGACAGGGACAGUUCGUUAUAGAAGAUGAAGAGAAAGAGGAUGCGUCUGCUGUCGCCAUCCCUGAUAAGAAGCCCGAGGAGAUAGUGGCGGAGGCUGCAUCAGCGGGAGACGACGCGCCGCCGCCCGUGGCGUACACCGGCUCCACCACCAACGUUCAUCCGUGGCUCUCCUCCAUGGUCAACUACGCGCAGCCCAUCAAGUUCCAGGGCUUCGAGGAGGCUGAGAAGAAGAACAUCUACCACAACAUGUCUUCGUUCGCGGAGACGACCGGCAUGAACUACCUCAAGACGCAAGCCAUCGACUUCGUGAACUACAACAAGCGGCAGAUGUCCCGCAUCUACCCCAAGGGCACCAGAGCCGACUCCUCCAACUACAUGCCGCAGGUGUUCUGGAACGCGGGCUGCCAGAUGGUGUCGCUGAACUUCCAGACGUCGGACCUGCCGAUGCAGCUGAACCAGGGCAAGUUCGAGUACAACGGCAACUGCGGCUACCUGCUGAAGCCCGACUUCAUGCGGCGCGCCGACCGCAGCUUCGACCCCUUCGCCGACGCGCCCGUCGACGGCGUCAUCGCCGCGCAGUGCAGCGUGCAGGUGAUAGCCGGGCAGUUCUUGUCGGACAAGAAGAUCGGCACGUACGUAGAGGUGGACAUGUACGGCCUGCCGUCCGACACCAUCCGCAAGGAGUUCCGCACCCGCAUGGUGCCCGCCAACGGACUCAACCCCGUCUACAACGAGGAGGCCUUCCUCUUCAGAAAGGUGGUGCUGCCGGACCUGGCCGUGCUGCGGUUCGGCGUGUACGACGAGAACGGCAAGCUGCUGGGCCAGCGCAUCCUGCCGCUGGACGGGCUGCAGGCCGGCUACCGACACAUCUCGCUGCGGACCGAGGCCAACUUCCCCAUGUCGCUGCCCAUGCUCUUCUGCAACAUCGAGCUCAAGAUCUACGUGCCGGAUGGCUUCGAAGACUUCAUGGCGGCGCUGUCGGACCCUCGCGCGUUCAUGGGCGCCGCCAAGGAACGCACCGACAACAUGAAGCAGAUGGGCAUCGAGGAGAGCGGACCUGAGAAGAAGGUGCAGGUCGAGGAGAAGAAGGAAGAACCACCUCUAGUGUUCGACCCGAUAACGGUAGAGUCGCUGCGGCAAGAGAAAGGGUUCGUGAAGACUGGCAGGAAGCAGCAGAAGGACCUGGAGGCGAUGAGGAAGCGCCACGCGAAGGAGAAGAUGGCUUUACAAAAGUCGCAGUGCGCCGCGUUAGAGAAGAUGAUCAAGGGGAAGAACAAAGACCAGCUCAGCAACGACCCAGCAUUCCGCAAGCUAGUAAACGAGCAAUCCACGGCGUGGAGCGAGCUGGUGGCCAAGCACCGCGUGGAGGAGUGGUCCAGCGCCCGCAGCCGCCUCAACGAACAGCGCGAACUCCUCAAGAAGAUGAUGGAGCAGACGCAGCAGGCGCAGGUCAAGCAGCUCGAGGCUAAGCACGAGAGGGAACUGAAGGAGAUGAACGCGCGGCAGGCGAAGAUCAGCAUGGAGACUAGCAAGGAGGUCGCCAACGACAAGACGCUCAAGACCAAACAGGAGAAGGACCGCCGUCUGCGAGAGAAGAAGCAGAACAACACCAAGAAGUUCAUGGACGAACGCAAGACUCAGACCAUCAAGCAGAACCGAGAGAAGGAUAAGCUGAAGGCAACCCAUGACAAGCAAAUGGAGGAACUGUCCAAGGAUGUUGACAACUUGAUCGAGAUGUACAAGAUGGAGGAGUCGGAGUUGGACAUGGCCAGUAAGACGGAGUUCUUUGCAUGAAAGUAUCCCGACAUCGCUCCCCUGCUGGAGCAGAUGACUUGACUGAGUGGACAGUGAUCUCUAAAGUGAAUUACUAGUGCGUAAUUAGGACAAUGCGGGGAAUAGCACAGGGAAAUAAAACUAGACGCCACGACUAAACAGGACGGCGUUGUCGACUCGGAAUAAUCUCUCGUCAGUCGAUACUAGACCCCACUGCACUUACCUUAAGGUGCAGGUCACUUUGCCAUGCCCUUAUAAGAAAUCUAAGAUUGGUAUUUAGUGUUAUAAUUGGUCAACAAACACGUGACCAUUAAAAGUCAAUCAAUGAGAGCGUCAUAUUUUUAACAGUGCUUACGUUUGAUAAAAGGUAUGUGGCGUUUUGGAUUUAUUUUUCUGUGACUACAAAUAUCGAUAAGCCGCUUCUAUGAUCAAAGAUUUUAUCUGAUUAUAAGUAGAUAUAAAUUCGGAAUUAUCUUUACAUAAUUCUACGCGGCUGUUUUAUCGAUGUCGAUAUUUCCUUUUAACCUUCGGUGCAUCGAUGAACCGCCGCACUAUCGAUAACUUCAACACCAAAGCCAAAGGACACCAAGAGGGCAGCUCAUGUGUAAAUUAUAUGUAAAUAUUUAUUUCAAUAUAUGACGGAAUGAGAUAUAUUAAGUAGCGGAUUUAGGACAUCGGGGGGUCAUAUUGUUAUAUAACAUUAUUAAAUACUAUACCAAUAUUUUUACCCGAAAUAAUUAAUUUUAUAAUUUUUAAGUAUCCUUUGGGGAACCACUUUGGUGGCAGUUUUAAGCGCUAGUAGCAGGCAAUAAUUGUUCCAUCAUAUUAGUUUAUAUUAAACAGGAUGUUUACGGGUAAUGUUAUACGUCAUAAUAUCUACGAAUUAAUAUAAUACGGAUAUCACUUUUCUAAAUGCCAAAGUUAAUAUGAAUUUUGUAUUAUCAAAGAACAAUUUAAUCAACAGUAGUUAAUAUUUGCUAGUAAUAGUAAUUUAUGUCCAUUUUCAGCAAUGUCUGGUAGACUUAGGGGCUACUUUAUAUUGGGAGAACAUCUUGCUUCCCAAAUCCAUGAUAUCAAAAUUUAGAAGUCCCCUAAGUUAGGGUGUUGGUGAAAAUGGAGAUUAGUAUUGUAAGCACUAGUUUCAGGGGACAAUAAAAUGCUGUUUCCAAUAUACAUAACAUUUGUUAUUCAGUGGUCUCUAGUCUAAUAUAAAGUACAUUUUUAUUAAUACAGAUACGUAUUCAGUACAAGUUAAUAGGGGGUUUAAUCCCUCGUUGUUGUAAUAUAAUUUUAAUAUAUUUUAAUUCAAUUUAUAACUUCCAUGACAUUUCUUCGAAUAUAAAAUUGUUCUUUCUCCAUAAUUUGCGACAUUUAAAGAUAUGUGCCGAAUAUUUAAUAUUAUGUAUUUUAUUCAAUUAUGGCAUAUUUUCAAGGUGUAAGGUUUACAAAAUUAUUUAAUAUACUUGUUAAUUAUAAGUACAGUUAAAAUUUUAAACUACUUUAUGAUAUUAUAAUUAUAUGGAUUAAAAUAUACCACGAGCCAUUUCCUUAGUUGCUACGUUGUUUGUGAUCUAACCCAUACCAUGACUUCUUUACUUUAGUCCACAAUUGGGCCACUUCCCUAACCCGUAGAAAUAAUUAAUCAGUCGUGCCAAUACUGGCAAUUUAGAUGUCAUUUCUAAAUGCUGUUUUGAGUCUCAUCAGGUUUUGUAAAUUGAAGCCUGCUUCCGGACGUAAUCAUCGCGUCAUCGAUCGUAUAAGUAAUACGUUUCCACAAGUUUAUUUCCUUGAAACUUAUGUAGGCCAUAAACCUAACAACAGUAGUUAUUAUACACUGACUAAAGUCUGGUCUUCCUAAUAUUUCCUUAACAAAGUCCUAAUUCCACAUCAUUCCAUGAAACACUACACUUGUUCUUAGCGGACCAAACUUUCUAUAUUUUCAAUGUCUAAAUACUAUGAAAUUCCUCUAUAUGUACGUAAACUUUAACCAAAGAUUAUUCACAUUUUAAUGUACAUAAGUAGAUUAAGGUUUGUUUGAUUUGGGGCCAUAUAAGUUGAUUCUGAGAACCAAAGAUUGGCAUUCAAGCGGCAUGUGGGUAUUUAACCCACUUAACGUAUCCCAAGUGCGGCUCUGUCAGAAUCGGUUUAUGUGUUUAGCCACAUAUUUUAAUAUUUCGACGUGUUUACAGUUUCUUUCUCAUAACAAUUGUAUUCAAGAGUAUUCAACAUAUUGUUAAACAAAUUUUAUGUAAUUUAUGGCGAUAUUAUUGUAUAUCUUAUUUCUGAAGGGGAAUGGAUAAUGUAUAAAACUUUUAAAUCUUUUGGCGUUUGUUAUUAAAAUAAGUACAUCUGUGUUUCAAGAUUUCUUAUCCAUUUCCCAACAUCGAUAUUUUGCGUGAAAAUAUGCAUUGCACAUCUUUCACAACCUGACAAUCCUUUAUAUGAUAAUCAUAAGAAUUAUUUUAGGUGCCUAAGUACUUGUAAUAUUGGAUUCUAGUCAAUUUAAUUCAAAUUAUACGUUAAUUUCCUACGUUAAGGUAUGUAUUCCUUUAAGGUCACAGUAUUAAGUUGUAAAUAAUUUUGACCAAAGCAAAUCGGUUCAACUAUCGAUUACAGAAAUCGAUUAUCUUCAAAUAUCGACAAUCACGUCGCGUCACUUCAUUAAAUCUAUGUCGUUUAGAAUGUUACUUUAGGUUUAAAAAUCAUAGUGAGAAUAUGAAUAAGUGUUUAUCGAUUAUUAAAAUGUACACGAAAUUUUAAAUGUUGAAUUAUUCUAUUGGAAUUGGUAUUGCACGUUCGUUUUGGAUUGGAUAAUAAUAUUCAUAAAUUUUAAGAUAAAAAGUUGAAAUUUUUUAAUUUAGUCGUAUGUAGUUAAAUUAUCGAAAUUUUAUCUGUAGGGAAUGUGAUAUGAAAAUUCAGAUUUUGGCCUACCCACGAAUGAUGUAAUGUUUUGGAAUUUUUAUAAUUAUAAUUGAUUAUUUCAAUUUAUAUUCCUGUUUGAUACCAACUGUAGUUUAUUUUCAGAAGCACACAUCGGCCAAUGCCAACAAUCGUCUAAAAUACAAUCAUCUUACUUUUCCUCAGCAGUUGAAUGAUUUAGAAGACGCGCAAGUAAUUCCGGACAAAUUAUCGAAUUAAACAUAUUCAACAAAUUAAAAAUCAACUCCUAGAGAUACCAUUAUAUAUUUCUUUUGCAUUAAUCUAAAAAAAUCAUACUUGCUUUAUUCCCCUGCUAGGCGUAGUUUUGGCAUGUCGAUCGUGUGGAUCCAUAGUUUAUUUUUCAUCACAUUAGCACAGUAGCACGCCAUAAAAAAGGCAUGGUUAUUGCAUUAUAAUAAGAGAGCACUAAGUUUGAAAUUAUUACUUGCAGUUAUAUCAUAAGGUUAAAGAUCUAGUAGAUGUGAUAAAGAAAUUAAAAUAAAUACAUUGCGUAUAAAAUAUAUGAAUAUUAAACUAUAAAAAGAUUUAGUCACCCAAUAUAAAUAGGUAAUUGUUUUUUUGUAACUCCAUCAAAAUAUUGUAUUAUUUCAAUCAGUAAUCAGUACCUGUAGCGCCAUCUAGUUAUGAUGAAUUCAACCUAAGACUACAAAAACAUACUGCCAAUAAGAUAAUUUUUCACUUUCAUAAAGUAUUAACAGUUGUAAAUUCCCACAUCCAUGCAGUGUCCAUGUUGUUGCGCCAAGUCGGAAGUAACAGUUAAAGUCGUGGAAUAAGAAUAUCCGACUAUUAAUAAUUGUAAAUCUACGUACUUUUAGGCUGACACGGUCCAGCCCAAGGACUUUGCAAGGAUGUGACGUCACAAGUCACAUCUACGUGAUCUUUAAAUUUUAUUUCGUAUCAUAGCUAUAAGGACGAAGCGUAAAGCAUAUAUUCUAAACUGGUUUAAUAAACAUAACUACACGUUGCUGUUUAAUGCGAAAUUUGUUAGUUGUACUUAAUAUAAUGUUUCGAUAUUCUUUUGCUAGUGAUUAGAACACAUUGUAUCCAAGAUUGGUUUGUUUCAAUUAAUAUUAAAUUAUAACAUUGGGAA